UCGCGUCUGUGCGCCUUGAUUCGUCUUCUUGGAAGCGGGAGCGAGUUUUUUGGAGCGGGCGCUGUGAAAUGUGGCAGCAUGAUGCUGUCUGGAUAAUUAGUGGACAGCACCAGCGCGGGCGAACACGACAAAAGGGCUCGCAGAUCCCCAUCUGAAGGAGGGCCAACGCCUGAUGCCCGGCCUGAGCGAAAGUUCGAGCGGGUUCUGACAAAACAUGGGCGUCCUCCAGCUCCACAACCCAGCUCACCCGGACACGUUGCUGCAGCGGGCCAACCAGAUGCGCCUGGCGGGCACCCUGUGCGACGUCAUCAUCACGGUGGACGGACACGAGUUCCCGGCGCAUCGCACUGUCCUGGCGUGCACCAGUAAGAUGUUUGAGAUACUGUUCCACCGCAGCAGCCUGCGGUAUGCUCUGGACUUCCUGUCGCCCAAGACCUUCCAGCAGAUCCUGGAGUAUGCGUACACCGCCUCGCUGCAGGCCACAGCUGAGGACCUCGAUGACCUGUUGUAUGCCGCAGAGAUCCUGGAGAUCGAGUUCCUGGAGGAGCAGUGCCUUAAGGUGCUGGAGACCAUCCAGGCAGAGGAGAGUGAGGAGACCCCAGUGCGGAAUCACAGCGGUGGAGACCACAGCGACCACGGUCGGGUCAGACACUGGCGGCACCUGAUGUCCAAGAAGCAUUCUAUCCCAGAUGGACCCCCGCGCAGUGCACCUACUGCCUUGCACCACUUGGCGUUGUACCAUAUACCACAAGGAACAAACUCCAAUGCACCUCCCGAACUGAGCCCCAAGUUGGACAUGAACAUGGACAUUUCCGAGCAGCUGCAGCAGAGUAGCGCCGAUGCCCCGACCCUUGAACCCGUCGGGUGCAUCAAGUCAGAGAACAUGCAGGUGGAUGAAACUGACUGCUACGAAGGCCGCUCAUCCGGGAGCUACACGUCGGACCCGAGCCGGGACGAGGGACCCGGGACGCCGCUCAGAAGUAGUGUGAUCACCAGCACACGAGAGCUGCACACCAGCUCUGAUGAGGGCGUGGUCGGUAGCUCUCUGGACUGUUACCCCGGGAUAGCCGAGAAACACCUAGCGUCCAUUUAUUCCGUCGCCCCCAACCACCCAGGGGAAGCGAUGACCCAGGUGUCUGUGUCACUGGCCCCGUCCCUUGGCAUGCCCCUCGACCCGCGGGCCUACGGAGGUCUUCUGCACCAGGGCCUUCUGCACCGGGAGCUCCUGAGCAGGCUGGGCCACAUCGCAGCAGGCAUGAGGCAUGAGGGCUCCGCUCAGGGGGCGCAGUGUUGCGGCGAGUGUGGGCUGCAGCUACACAGCCGGCAGGCCAUGGACCAGCACAGGAGGCUGCAUGACGACGAGAAGGGCCACGGCUGUGAAUUCUGUGGCAAACACUUCCAGGACAGCAUGCGGCUGCGAAUGCACAUGUUGUCCCACACAGCUCCCGCCGAAGCUCUGGUGUGCGAUCAGUGCGGAGCUACCUUCUCUUCAGAGGACGCGCUGGAUGCCCACCGGCUAACACACACGGGGACUGACAUGGCGGUGUUCUGUCUGCUGUGUGCAAAGCGCUUCCAGACGCAGAAGGCCCUGCAGCAGCACAUGGAGGUCCACGCAGGCAUGCACAGCUACAUCUGCAGCCACUGCGAGCGCCCAUUCCCCAGCCACACCACCCUCAAAAGACACUUGCGCUCACACUCUGGCGAUCACCCAUUCGAGUGCGAGUUCUGCGGGAGCUGCUUCCGCGACGAUGGCACCCUGAGAGGCCACAAACGCAUCCAUACGGGAGAGAAGCCUUACGAGUGCAACAGCUGCGGGAAGCGCUUCAGCCUCAAACACCAGCUGGAGACACACUACCGCGUACACACGGGUGAGAAGCCAUUUGAGUGUAAGCUGUGUCACCAACGGUCCAGAGACUACUCUGCUAUGAUCAAGCACCUGCGCACUCACAACGGUGCGUCUCCUUACCAGUGCACCAUCUGCCAGGACUUCUGCCCGAGCCUGGCUGCCAUGCAGAAGCACAUGAAGGGCCACAAACCGGAGGAGGUGCCGGCCGACUGGAGGAUAGAAAAGACUUAUCUGUACGUCUGUUACGUCUGAGCAGGUCUUGGACCCGGGGGCAGAGACGAGAAGCGGUGGGUGAAAACCUUGCCGAGUCAAUAG